CAGCCGGUCCCCGUGUGCAGCGGGCUCCCGGGACGAGGAUGGCGUGGUUUGGCAGCCUGUUGGUCUUCGCCUGUCUCCUGGAACCGUGCCUCCCCCUGGGAAUGUUCGCGCCGCAGCACAGCCACCCCGACCCCUGCUACGACGAAGGCGGGCAGCCCAGGCGCUGCAUCCCCGACUUUGUGAACGCGGGCUUCGGUCGGGAGGUGCAGGCGUCCAGCACCUGUGGCUCCCCGCCCAGCACCUACUGCUUCCUGACGGAGAAGGGGGGCAGCCGGAGCAGGACGUGCCGAACCUGCGACGCCUCGGACCCCAGGAACGCGCACCCCGCCGCCUACCUGACCGACCUGAACAACGCGCACAACCUGAGCUGCUGGCGCUCCGAGAACUUCCCGCAGCCGGCGCACAACGUCACCCUCACCCUGGCGCUGCACAAGAAGUUCGAGAUCACCUACGUGAGCCUGCAGUUCUGCUCGCCGCGCCCCGAGUCCAUGGGCAUCUACAAGUCGAUGGACUACGGCAGGACCUGGGUGCCCUUCCAGUUCUACUCGUCGCAGUGCCGCCGGGUAUACAACAAGCCCAACAGGUCGCCCGUCACCAAGCAGAACGAGCAGGAGGCGCUGUGCUCGGACGGCUACACCGAGCCCUACCCGCUGAGCGGGGGGCUGAUCGCCUUCAGCACGCUGGACGGCCGGCCCUCGGCACAGGACUUCGACAACAGCCCGGUGCUGCAGGACUGGGUGACGGCCACCGACAUCAGAGUGGUGUUCAGCCGGGCGCACUCGCUGUGGGACGGCCCGGAGCGGGACGGGGGUGCCCGCGACACCUUCCACUACGCGGUGGCCGACCUGCAGGUGGGCGGCCGCUGCCGGUGUAACGGCCAUGCGUCCCGCUGCGUGAAGGACAAGGACGGCAACCUGGUGUGUGACUGCAGGCACAACACGGCCGGAGCCGAGUGCGACCUCUGCAAACCCUUCCACUACGACCGGCCCUGGCAGAGGGCGACUGCCCGCGACGCCAACGAGUGCCUGGCAUGUAGCUGUAACCUGCAUGCCCGACGUUGCCGAUUUAACAUGGAACUUUACAAGCUCUCUGGCCGAAAGAGUGGAGGUGUUUGCCUAAAUUGCCGGCAUAAUACGGCAGGACGACAUUGCCACUACUGUAAGGAAGGAUUCUACCGAGACCUCACCAAGGCUAUUACUCACCGCAAAGCUUGCAGAGCUUGUGACUGUCACCCUGUUGGAGCUGCAGGUAAAACAUGCAAUCAAACAACAGGACAGUGUCCAUGUAAGGAUGGCGUGACUGGCAUCACAUGUAACCGGUGUGCUAAGGGUUACCAGCAGAGUCGGUCUCCAGUCGCUCCUUGUAUAAAGAUCCCAACAGCAUCACCAAGGUGGGUGGCAAGCAGCACUGUCGAACCUAUUGACUGUGAAUCAUACUGCAAACCUGUGAAAGGCAACCUGAAGAUUAAUAUGAAAAAAUACUGCAAGAAAGAUUACGCCAUUCAGGUUAAUGUUCUGGAUAUGAACACAGUGAGUGAAUGGGCAAAGUUUACUGUGAACAUCAUAUCAGUUUAUAAGAGCAGAGAUGAGAGGAUUAAACGGGCAGACCAAUCUUUGUGGAUAAAUAUGAAGGACUUGGCUUGCAAGUGCCCAAAAAUCCAAAUGAGCAAGAAAUACCUCGUGAUGGGAAACUUUGACAGUAUGUCUGAGAGGCUUGGAGGGCUCCUGGCUGAUAAAAACAGCCUUGUCAUUCAGUGGCGAGAUGUGUGGACAAGAAGACUUCGAAAAUUCCAGCGCAAAGAGAAAAAAGGGAAAUGUGGAAAAGCUUGAUUGAUCAAUUUUGGAGAAGCUUUAGGAAGCAUCAUGGGCUACAAUUUCAACACACUUUGGGUUCAAAAUACGUCCUUCAGCAAUUGCUGAAAGGUAAAUUAGACUGUGAUGAGGAAACGGGAGGCUAUAAAUGACAUGAUAUUCACCACAACAUGUUACACAAACUGUUGGCUGAAUAUGCUUUGCAAAUUGAGCAUUCCUUUUUAAAAUGUGCCCAUGACUCCUUUCUAUGGGUAGGGGUCAGGCUGCCAUCGGGCUGUUCUCUGACCCCGGAGCCAAGUUAGUAUCUGACAGAAGGACAUUCCCACCUUGUCCUGCCCAUUGUCCCCAUCCCCCCUCACCCCGAAUGAAGUAAGCAGUAUCAUUUUUUUGCCUGUUAUGACUAACAUACGAGACAAGAUGUGGUAGUUUAUGUGAGGCCGACAGCUGUGCUGAACAUAGAGUGUAAAUAUGGACUGGUUCCAAGAUUUUUAGAGCCAGAUUGUUGGCACACAGCAAGUGAAUUGUUAACGUUGUGUAUUUUGAACUGUGAUUUGAAAAUAUCCAGUUUCAAUUAGAUUUUACAAAGUGCAUUAAUAUUGUAAAACUUUCAGUCCAACACGCAAUCCUUCAGCUUAAUAAAGCCUACUAUAUUCCAGUGGUCCUAUGGUCACAUUAUCAGAGGAGCUGUAAAUGUAGUCACCUUGAAACCACCCUCCCAGAAUGACCAAUUUACAAAGAUAUCAGCCUUGUCUCAGUAGUACAACCAUCAACUCUGAGUGAUUUUUUAAAAAAUUAUUUUAAGUUAAAAUGUUCAAGUUCCCCUCCAGUGAUUUGAACAAGUCUAACCCUAGAGAGGUCCUGAAGCCCUGCCUACUCUCACAUGGAGAUCCUGUGAUAAUAUCCACAACAGAGCAGAGGCUUCAGAACAAAUUGGCCUUGAAAUUCUUCAGUGCUGUAAAGAUACUUUAGAUAGGCAGUGCCUUGGGAGGCCUGAGCAUGUUUUAUGCAAGGGCUGACCACUGAAAAUUCUGUCUCUGUCUUGAAUGUAUUCAAUGACACUGCCAAUUUCUGGGGUAGAGAAUUCACCACAGCAUGUGGGAAAAAAUGCCUCCUCAUCUCAAACUUAAAUUGGUGAUGCCUUAUUCUGAAACUAUGCCCCCAAGCUCUAUAUUUCCCCAUGAGAAUGAUGGCCCUCUCUUGGCAUUCUGAGAGAAUGAUUCCCCUCAUGGGAGAAUAUAGAGAUUUCAGUAAGAUCACUCCUCACUUCUUCUAAACUCCAAUGAAUGUAGGUCCAAACUGCUCAACGUUUCCUCAUGACAACCACUUCAUCUUAAGAAUCACCCAUAUAAACCUGCUAUGAACUAUCGCCAAUGCAUGGAUAUCCUUCCUCAAAUAAGGAGACCAAAACUCCAGGUAUGGUUUCAACAACAUCCUGUAUUAUUGAAGUAAGAUUUCCCUACAUGUAUUUUCCAAUUCCCUUGCAAUGAAGACCAAAAUUCUAUUUUCCUCCCUAAUUACUUUGUGUACCUGUACACUGACUUCCUGUGUUUCAUACGUGAGGACACCUGA